GUGGUUAAUAAGUUACAGGCCACAACGGUCUCCUCCGCCCCGGCAAAGCCUGCUGGGUAAAUCUCUCUUGGCAAGCAGAGUGUAGUGUGUGCAGAGAGAUAUCGCUGAAGAAAGGAACAGGAAGAGAAGACAGAGCAGCGCCUUCUCUGACUAACUUUUUGGAUCUCCAACUUCCUCUUCUGUCCGCAUCCAAAGGUCCCUCUCAUGGGCAAAGUGAAGCCUGGGCCUCUGGCUCGGAGGCCGGACAACUCAGCGUUCAAACAGCAGAGGUUACCUGCCUGGUCUCCCAUGCUAACGGCUAACACUGUGCUGCCUUUCUUCUACUUUAUGGCUUUGAUAUGCAUGCUGCUAGGAGUAUGGCUGCUUCUCACAGUACAGAGCACAGAGGAACUCAAGCUGGACUACACAGAGGCCGGCACGUGUAAUUUAUGUUUUGAAAAGCGUAAAAAUGUGAGCAACGCAGCCCAACCCUGCAUCUGCACCGCUGUGUUUAACAUCAAGAAAGCAUUCAAGGGAGACGUCUUUUUCUACUACGGCCUCAUAAACUUCCAUCAGAACCUCCGCAGAUACAUGGACUCCAGAGAUGACGCUCAGAUGGUUGGCAGGAAGAACAAUUUAAAGAGCCCGAGUUCAUACUGCAUGCCGUUUGACAAAAACAAAAAUGGAGUCCCCAUCGCCCCCUGUGGUGCUGUGGCCAACAGUAUCUUCAAUGACUCCUUCACUCUGAGCUACAUGGCCUCCAGCGGAUCAGUGCAUGUCCCUCUGUUACGCAAAGGCAUCUCCUGGUACACGGACAAAAAUAUCAAGUAUCGCAACCCGUCGACUGAAAACAUGACACUGCCUCAAGUGUUUGAAGGUACAGCACCGCCUCUGUACUGGCAGAAGCCCGUGUAUGAUCUGGAUCCCCUCGACAAGAACAACAACGGCUUCAUCAACGAUGACCUGAUCGUGUGGAUGAGAGAGGCAGCCUUCCCCAACUUCAAGAAGCUCUACGGGGUUUUACACCGAGCCAACAAGCCUUUUGUUAACGGUCUGCCUGCAGGGAAUUACAGCGUCGAAAUAUCUUACAACUUCCCUGUGCAGUACUUCCGAGGCAGAAAGGAAGUAGUGUUGACCACGCUGACCUGGUUUGGAGGUCAGAACCACUUCCUGCCCAUUGCUUACCUCGUCACCAGCUGCCUGAUCCAGCUGAUAGCCAUCCUCCUCACGGUGUUCUGGUUUAAGUUUGGGAAGAAUGGGCAAAACAUGGAGGAAUGAAGGAAGAAGACGUGCUCUGGGAUGCUGAGGUGUGAAAAACGUUCCAGCAGCUUGAAAGUCAUAAUUGUCGUGCUGCUUUGUGAAUGAAAGAACAUUGAUGCAAGCAAAUGAAGGUUAAGGGGAAAGGUUAAAAGGUACAUAUGUUGAAAAACCAACGAUGAAUCAAGUUCGGCAUUUGGGAAAUGACUUCCCCCUUCAUCUAAUGGCCUGCAUGUGUUUGGCUUUUAUUGUGAAGUUGCUUUGAAGAACCAACUGAAAGCUAGGUGUGUUAGCACAGGCGUUAAGCUUUCUUUACAUGUGGAUUUUACGUGUAUUUCUUUAAUACACACCAUUUUGUUCAUGCACUGUUGAUAUUUAUUAACAUAAUUAUCUAUUUCUUAUAAUUAAUUUAUCAAGAAUGAAUUAUUAUCAGUCACUGUGCAAAGUGGAAAACUGCACUACACUAAAAGGUACAAUUAGCAGAACACCAAUUGGAAAACAAAGCCUGUAAAUGUCAUUCUUAGAGGGGGACAUUUUUUAAGUUCAUACUUUUAAUUUAAGUUUAUUUUGAACAUGUUUAAAUGUUCAAUAAGCAGAAACAGGAAGACAGCCAAGCAACCCUUUCCCAACGCUCUCCAGAUAUGUUGGUUUAGAAUGGGAAUGUCUGGUUUUCUUCUAUUUAUAUGGGAAGCUCUGAAGUCAUCUACGGAUACUCAGAUUUGGGUCAGUAUAUUCUAUUGAGAAUUCCAUGACAUAGGAUCUGUAGGGCGUCCUGAUUCCCAUUUUCAUUGACCUAGGCAGCCUUAAAAAAAACGAUGGGCUGUAUUAUUUCAGUUUGUGGGUUGGUGGGCACUCCAAUGUUUUAGCAUAAACACUGAAAAGGAUAUUUUUUUAAUGAUAUGUCCCCUUUUAAGCUAAGGAGUCAUUUUGAGAAUAUCUGUCUGAUCACAGCAGGGUUAGCAAGUGCUUACCAUGGCCUUUUUUCAAUGUAUAAUAAUGUAAGCUAUGCUAGCCGCUCUGUGAAAGCUCAGCAGUGCUUUGAGAUGGAUGAGAUUUGAGGUGUGUUUACCACUUGCCGACAUGAACCAUUUGUACUGUUAUGCAUAUAUUUCCUGUUGUAGACAAAAGCUAAUAAUAAAACAUGUUCUUUAAAAACUCUUUAUUUCUCUAUAUACAAUCAGUGAGAGCCACAUAAACACACCCCUCUGUGACCAGGGAGCACCAGAACAAUGUAUGUAGAUCGCCUCGGUUAUUGAGCAUAAUCAAAGCAGGAUUGGUGGCACAGCUGUGAGAAUAACUUCUUCGGUGAGGUUGUUAUUCUGUUAAGUUAUAAAGCAGCGUGUUCCAUUUUUCUCCAUCUGCCCUCCUGCCACAGAGCGUUUGGUCACAUUAGUACCAGAGGAGAGGAAUGCAGUCUAACUGGUGCUACAGACAAUGACUGAACACAAACUAUGAUACAACUAUAAGCCGCAUCGAUAACCAGUCCAAAAAAGAAAAACACACAGGACUGAAGUAUCGAAACAGCUCAACACACAUACAGAUGUUGAUGCACAUAGAUAGGAACACUCAAAUGCAUUAUUAAGGCAACACCCAUUUCAACACGAGACAAUCACCACGAUGCACAAAUGAAAUCUAAAAAGUUCAAGACAAAUACAAGAAACUCUAGGAAAUUAUCAGCUGUAACAGAUUAACCCAUCUACCUAUUUGCUCUGUACCAUUCACUAGGACAUCAACUAACUAGGCCUUUAAAAAUGUUAUUUUCUACAUUAAGACUGCUUUCAUAGUUAUUUUGCUAAAUGUGCGCUGAAUUGUG